AUGCGCGCGGCCAGCAGCAUCGUCAGCGGGCUGGUCUACCUCGUGGCGGAACCGCCCAAGGAUUCCAAGGAGCAGGAGCUGCGCGACAACAUCAAACAGCUCGAGGUGGCCAUAUCGCACUGUGAGAAGCUGGGUGAGUCGGGCAAAGGUGCCAAGGCUGAGCUCGAGAUCAAGCUGGAGGCCGUACGUCGCGAAUUGCAUCAGACCAAGCCCCGGCUCACUCAGCAUACUCAUGCGGGCCAUCGCUUGGCAAGUGCUAAAGGCAAAAAGCAGAGACUUGAGCACCAUAUCGAGGAGCAGCUACGCUUCAUCGCGAGUGCUCAAGAACAGAUCGAUGGCAUGCGGGCACAAGUUGCUGCUACGGACCGCGAGAUCGAGCUCCUCAAUCGGGACCUCAUUCGUACGCUGCCUGGCAUGCCCGUCGUGGAUUUGGAGGUCGAUCCUGAGGUGCUGGCUGCGACGAGUGAGCAAGCGCAGAUCAAGGAAAUGCUCCAGUCCGACACGUUCAAGAAGUUCGCGGAGCUGCUGGCGGCCUCCCAGGCGGGGCUGAGCGUGCUGUCGCGCCUCUCCCGCGGGCUGCCGCCAGAGAGUGGGAUGACCUUUUUCCGAGAGGGCCUGACCGGGCUGUUGGGCCCUUGCUCAUCAGGGAGUGCCCGCCAGAGCAAGGUCAAAAAGGUCGAAGGCCCCGAGGGCCGUUUCAAUAUGUGGUUCAAAGAUGAGGCUCUGUGGAAGUUCACGGAGGUCGCGGGGCGGCUGCUCGCCGCUGCCGCGGCCGUCGCGGCCACGGCGGGUGGCAAGCAGGCGCACGCGCCCUUCAGCUUCGAGCUGUCAAGCUCCAGCCAGUUGCAGGCACGCCUGCUCUUCGGGCGGCGCGGAGAGGCCGCGGCAGGGCCACCAGUCGGCCCGGCCCAACCUCCGAGGAGGGCGGGGUGCCUUGCGCCCACCGCGCGCCCCUCGCCCCCCGUCGGGCAGUCCUGGGCUAUGGCGUGCGAGACGGCAAGCGCGCGGCCCGCGCCUGACGAGCAGGACGCGGCCGCGGCCGCGGCCGGCGGCGGUGCUGCUCUGGAGCCUGCCUGCUCCGCCCUGUGGUCCGGCGCAGCGGCGGCGGGAGGCAAGGGCGGCCCGCACGUGGCGGUCGUCUACUCCAGCUGGAACAGCUUCUUUGUGGAGCCGCUCCUCCGGGCCAGCGAGCAGGAGCUGAAGCGGGCGGGCGCGGCUUGCGAGCGCGUCUGCGUGCCUGGCGCCGGCGACCUCGUUGCGGGCGUCCGCGCGGCCCUGCGCUCGAGCCCGAGCGCGGUGCUCUGCGUCGGGGUGCUCAUCCGUGGCGAGAGCGACGCCCACGCGAAGAUGUGCCAGGGGAUCUCGCUGGGCCUCGCGCGCCUGAACGCCCAGCAGGACGUCCCGAUCAUCAACGGUGUGGUCAUGUGCUCCUCCGAGGAGCAGGCGAUGGAGCGCACGCACGGGGCGAUGAACCAGGCAGGAGAAUGGGCCAAGUCAGCGGUCCUCAUGGCGAAGGUCUCCCAGAACAUCUCUUUCAGUAGCGAUUCUGUCCUGAUGGGGGCUUGAGUGACGUGAAGCGUGGAGCGGGUCGAGACAGGGAAGGCAGUAGGAAAUAUGAGAAAGUUGGCGAGGGCCCUUUCUCGGAGGCGUAGAGAUUAGCACCGACACCAAUAUUGGCAACUGGUGUUGGUGCCCAUUUCCCAGCCUCCAACUCCCCCCCCGUCCUGCUGCUCCUGGCGCUGCUCCUCCAGCUCCUGGAGGAGGGCAGGUGGCCUGGCCUCCUUACCCGUUUGCGAGACCGGCAUCUCUUGCACCGCGAGUCACGAGCGCGCGGCAUUGGGCAGCUCCUCUGUUGCUGCUGCUCCAAAUUACCAAUCCCCCCCUUCGAUUUCCUGUGCACUGGUUCUGCUGCUCCUCCUCCUUCUCCUCCCUCAGCUCCUCUCCCC